AUGAAGCAGUUUGGGCACGAGCAGAUCCGACGAAAUGCGCGUGUGAAGCAAAAAAAGGAUGUCGCUCCUACGGACGAUCGUACCGCUAUUGCGUUCGCGCAACUUGAGAACGAACGUUCGACUCGCUCUCUUCUUGAUGAGCUGGCUGCUGCUCGUCGAGACAUCGCUGAGCUGCGUGAACAGGUCGCUUCGCUAGUCAACCAUACUGUUUCGUUGAAACGGGACCACUCGAAGGUGGUAGCUUAG